AUAAAAUCCUUUGUUCAUAUAAAACACGGCACCCUCACAAAAACCCUAAUUUCCAUUAACGAAGAAGAGCAGGAGCAUUUUGUGUCCCGUCACUGAAUCCGGACCGGAGCAGCAAAAAUGAAGUUCAAUAUUGCGAAUCCAACCACUGGGUGCCAGAAGAAGCUUGAGAUUGACGAUGACCAGAAACUCCGUGCAUUUUAUGACAAGAGGAUCUCGCAAGAAGUCAGUGGAGAUUCCUUGGGUGAAGAAUUCAAUGGUUAUGUAUUUAAGAUUAUGGGAGGCUGUGACAAGCAGGGUUUUCCAAUGAAGCAAGGAGUUUUAACUCCGGGCCGUGUUCGGCUUUUACUUCACAGAGGUACUCCUUGCUUUCGUGGGUUUGGCCGGAGAAAUGGAGAACGCAGAAGGAAGUCAGUUCGCGGAUGCAUAGUUAGCCAAGACCUCUCAGUUUUGAACUUGGUUAUCGUCAAGAAAGGUGAUAAUGAUCUGCCUGGACUCACAGAUGUGGAGAAGCCUAGGAUGAGAGGUCCUAAGAGGGCAUCGAAGAUACGCAAGCUGUUUAACCUCUCAAAGGAGGACGAUGUUAGGAAAUAUGUCAACACUUAUCGCCGAACAUUUACCAACAAAAAAGGUAAGAAGGUUAGUAAAGCUCCCAAAAUUCAGAGGUUGGUGACUCCUUUGACUUUGCAAAGGAAGCGUGCUAGAAUUGCAGAUAAGAAAAAGAGAAUUGUAAAGGCCAAAUCUGAGGCAGCUGAGUACCAGAAGCUCCUUGCCUCCAGGUUGAAGGAGCAACGUGAUCGACGAAGUGAGAGUUUAGCAAAGAAGAGGUCGAGACUGUCUGCAGCCUCAAAGCCCUCUGUUGCGGCAUGAAUUUUUGCUAAUUGAUCUCAUUUCAUAAUUAGGUUGAGGUAAUUUUGACUGUUGUUUUUCUCUGUGUUCUGCCUGUUAAAUUUUGAAAGUUCCCAAAAUCUCAACUUUUUUAACAUGAAUUUUUUGUUUUA